AGAACUAGCAAAUAACUGCAAAAAAAUAUCUCCUGAUCCAAGCGCUCAGCAGGCCGAUUUGGAAAGAUUUCAACACUGUCCCUUGAUUCAAUUUAACUGAAAUAAGACACUUUUUCGACAACAUGCAGCCAGAAUUUUGCUCGACCACAUCGUCAGUAGUGCACAUAAAAAAUAGUUGCACGUAUUUUGGUAAAAGCCGCGAACAGAAAAGCAGCUACAGAAAACGAAACUACAACCCGAAACGGAAACUAAAACGCGACCAGACAAUAAAAAAGUGAAAAACGCUAUGCAAAUGGCCCUUUCCCGCCGCUUCUGCACUGCCAAGUGCAUGAGAAAAUAUCCGGCUGAAAAUGCUAAGCAGACGUGGAGCGCUGCUCAUCCCUAGGUGCCAUGGCCAUCGGACGUGGGUGAGGAGAGACCACUGCAGUGCGGUGGUCCUCACGCGACUGAAUGGUGGAGUGGAUCCAAAAGAGCCUGUCUAAGGCCAUAUAAGUCCCAGCGCAACCAGACUCGCUCAUGGCACUCACACCAGCAAGAGCUCCAGCUCAGACACCCACUCCGGCACACACCCACCUACACACACACACUACCUAAAACAACAACCAACAAGGGUCACAACUGAUGUGCGGUUUUGGUUUUAUGGCUUACGGCUUUGAUUGCUGUCAUCGCUCAAUUGAUUUUUCACUAAUGCCGUCAAUUGGCAAACGCAAAACCGAAAAAAAAGUGAAAUGCAAAGCAUUAAAAACAACAGAACUUGAACGCCAAAAUAAAUAAUUUGUCGAACAGUGAUGUGCGUGUGCGAUUUUGAGGCAAACAAUACAUAAAUCGCCGAAAAGAAAGGAAAGAGCUUAUGUUUGACAUGAAAUUAAAUCGCAUUCGAAAUGGGAACAUGUUCCAUGGUGAACAAUAAAACUAAAAUAGGAUUAGUUGCGGUCCGCGCUUAAUUUCACAGUGCGAAAUACAGGCCUGGCUUUGGAUGGGUUUCGUAGAAUAAUGCGAAAAGUGAAAAUAAACAAAAAUUGUUACA